UUAAAGGAAGCGGAGGAGGAGGCGGUCACACGCAUGCGCGCGCUCCAGAUAAAAACGGCAAAGUGUUUAUUGACGAGAAAAAAGUUUCAGACCAGAAGAAAGAAAGAAAGAAAGAAAGUCCUUGAAGCUGCAGAUAAAUGUGAGUCCAGACUGUCCCAGCUGCUGAAUUCACAUCAAUGAUUUAAUCACAUGAUAUCAGCAAGAUGGACGUGACAUCACACUGCAGUGACAUCACUGAGAGCGGAGCCAAUAAGAACCCAAACCAAUCAGAAUGCAUCUCAAGUCAGCCGAUGGCCAAUGGGACGCUCCCACAUCACAGCACAGAUGAGGCACCACCCCCUCUCUCAGAUAGGUCAGAAGAUGGUGACAUCAGUGAUGACUCUUUGACGGGCAGCUCCUCCACCAAUGACAUCUGUCGACUCCUCCCCUCUCAGCCCGCCUCUGCUCUCAGAAAACAGAAAGGUGUGGACAGCUCGUCAGUGUCUCCUCCCCCCAUCUGUACUCCUCCAUCUUCCUCAGUUACCUCUCCUCCUCUUCCUCCUCCUCCUCCUCCUCCUCCUCCUAGGUCAUCCACCUGUAACAGACACAGUUGCAACCUUCCUCAUCAUCAUCAUCAUCAUCAUCAGAGCACCAAUCAGAAGCGUCUCUCCUCCACUAAAAGCCACGCCUCUUUCAAGACCGACGCUGCCCAUAUUAAGGAGGUUGCUGGAGACGACUGUUGCGCUCACUGUCUCCUGGCCUGUCUUUUCUGCGAGCUACUAUCCAUGUGUUCGGCUGUGGGGGAGUGUCUGGCGUGUGGAGUGGGCGGGGCCGGGUGUUGUGACGCUGCAGCUGGCUGUUGCUGCUGCGUGGAGGCAGCAGGGGAGGCGGCCUGUACGGAGGAGGCGUGUCAGGCUGUGUUGGAUUGUGGGAUACUGGAGGACUGCUGCGGCUCGUCUGACUGCUUGGAGGUUUGUCUAGAGUGCUGCUCCAUCUGCUUCCCCUCAUAGAGCAGCCAAUCAGAGCGAGACUGCAGGAUGACAUCGGAAGAAGAAGGAUUGACCUGGGAUCCACUCACUGCUUUGUUUCUGUGUAUAACUGUGAGUGACAACUCUCAGUUUAUGGUUCAUCCUCUAUGGAGCAGCAUCCGACUGACGUCACCAUCCAGAGCCUGAUCUAGAUCAGACAACCCUGCAGCUUCAGAGAGGUGGAGUCAGAGCUGCAGCUGAUGACCUGGAACUGAAACGACCUGCAGGAACCGGACUGUUCCCAGGACCAGGUUUUCAUCGUUAGGAUCCAGUUCAACUAAUGGACCAAAGAUUCUGGACUUCUGAAAUGUUGGAGAACUGUCCCGCUCUCUGGUGACCUGGGGUCCAGACCUUAACAUCAUUUGAAAGGACGCACUCAUUUUUCCCCUUUGUGUUGAAAAGUUUCAUCUGAUUCUGAUUUUGUUGAUCGACAAACACAGAAAAGUUCAGGAAACGUUAUUGUAGCUUUAAGUAAAACUGAGCUAAUGCACCAUGAUCAUGGCCUCAUACCUGUUCACUGAUUCCUGACACAUACUCUCCUAUGUCAGUCUUGGAGUAUUUCCAGGGCCUUUUGUGACCUGAGGUAGUUCUGGGACAAGUAACAACCAGGUGCUUAAUGAGCAGGUGUUCACUCUGACCAGAUGUCUGUCCCACACACUGAACCAGACAGUUGAAAGGUCACAGAGUCAGGUGUGACUCCUGUGUUGACUCAUCAGGACUCGUUAGUACAGCUCUGCUCAGGUGAAAGUGUCGUGAUGUCCUCUCUGAGAAAACAAAGAUCUGUCAGAGCGACGCUUGACUCUGCAGCAAAAAUAAACCUCAUGUUCAGCCUC